GUCACGUUGCGCUUUCCAAAUUGGCAAAUCCUAAGUGGUGAAGAUCUCGGUUGCUGUGGCCCCGAGCAAUUGAACAGGUUUGUAAACGAGUUCAACGACCCGGGCAUGUGUUCUUAAAUUCACUUCAGCUGGAACGGUCUCAAGUUUAUGGCACAACCAAAACCCCACCACCAAAUCUCUGCUAUUUAUUGAAAAGGCGUUCCUGAGCCUUUGUAUAUUCCAUGUCUGUCGGGUCGUGUUGGUCCAUUUAUUCAAUGCCUUGAAAGCAGAAUUUGGAUUAGUGUUUACCGUUUGAAGAUAGAAAUGGAGAAAGCAGAGACUAGAGAAGGGAAAUCCUUGGAAGAAACCCCAUCUUGGGCUGUUGCUACUGUGAUCAUUGUCAUGGUUUCUUUUGGUUACCUGGUUCAUCACUCUUUGAAAAAGUUUGGGGAGUGGUUGGACAAGACUAAGCGGAAAUCUCUGAUAGCAGCCUUGGAGAAGAUUAAAGAUGAAUUGAUGCUUUUUGGAGUUCUCUCGUUGUUGAUGGGUCAUUGGAUUACUUUUUUUGCUAAAAUUUGCGUCAAAUCAUCGACAUUGAAUGGCCGAUUCUAUCCUUGCGCAAAGGUUGAUGAUCGAUUGAUGGUACAACACAUGCUUGUUCCAAGUUCCAAAUACUUGAACAACACGAUUUCUAGAGAGCGGCAAACUGCCAGGCGGUAUGACUAUUGUCCUGAGGGUCAGGAUUCUUUUGCUUCAUAUGAAAGCCUUGAACAGCUUCACAAUUUCAUAUUUGUGCUUGGAGUCACCCAUGUUUCUUACAGCUUUAUUGCCAUCGCGUUGGCCAUGAUUAAGAUUUAUAGCUGGAGAACAUGGGAGAACCAAGCCAAGACUAUGGCUAUUCAAUAUGUACAAGAUUCCUCACAAGAUGUACCAGAUAAUUUGAAAAUGAGGCGAUUGACUACUUUCAUUUUUCACAAUGUUUCCCAUCCAUGGAGCCAGCACAGAGUUCUUGUUUGGCUGCUUUGUUUCAGCCGCCAGUUCUGGAUUUCCAUAAACCGAGCUGACUACAUGGCUUUGCGCUUGGGCUUCAUUACUACUCAUCAACUUCCUUUGACAUAUGAUUUUCAUAAUUAUAUGGUCCGAAGCAUGGAAGAAGAAUUUCGAGAUAUUGUUGGCAUUAGUGUGCCCUUGUGGAUUUAUGCCAUACUAUGUGUCUUUCUUGAUUUCCAUGGAACCCAUAUUUACUUCUGGCUUUCGUUCCUUCCAGCCAUUUUGAUACUGCUAAUUGGUACAAAACUGCACCGUGUGGUGGUGAAAUUGGCUGUUGAAACCAUGGAGCACAGUCCAUGGCCGGGUUUUCAGCAGUUCAAUCUGAGAGAUGAACUCUUUUGGUUUGGAAGGCCCAGGUUUCUUCUAUGGUUGAUACAGCUUAUUUCGUUUCAAAAUUCAUUUGAGAUGGCUUCAUUCAUUUGGUCACUGUGGGAAAUCAAAAAUUCUUCUUGCUUUAUGGAGAACCAAGGCUACCUCGUGACUCGUUUGGCAUUCGGUAUCAUCUCCCAGUGCUGGUGUAGCUUCAUUACAUUCCCACUCUAUGUCAUAGUUACACAGAUGGGAUCAAGGUACAAGAAAACUGUAGUUUCUGAAAGCGUGAGGGUCUCACUGUCCAAAUGGAAGAAGAGAGUGAAGGAAAAGCAUGGUUCCUCUGCUUCACUCCUCAAGGAAUCACACUCAACCUCAUCCCUGGACUCAACGGGAACUGACAUACAUAAAGCCUACAGCUUCGCCUCAAGCAGCACGGAACAAGGAACCUCGACACACAAAGAAGCUUAUUUCCUGCAGCAGGAGGCCUUUGGCAUUGCAUCAGAGAGUUCAACACACGAAUCAUCAUCGCCCAGAGGCAAGAAGCAGAAGGUUCAAAUUUAGCUUUUACCUUGGGGAUUAGCCAUGGCCCUGAUGAUGACAAGCUCAAUCAUAUUGAAGAUGAAAUACGUCUCGUUGAACCUUGAUCCUUUGUUCUUGUUUGGGAUCAUAUACUUAUAAAAACCAAUCUGAAUUCAUUAAUUAGCCAUCUCUAGUGUCUAAAAAUUUCAGAUGAAUUAAAGGUAUAUAAUUAAAUUAUAUAAUAAAUUCAUAUAACUUUAAAC